GUCUUAUGGAUUCAAUGAAUGCAUGUCUUAUGGAUUCAAGGAAUGCAUGUCUUAUGGAUUCAAUGAAUGCAUGUCUUAUGGAUUCAAGGAAUGCGUGUCUUAUGGAUUCAAGGAAUGCAUGUCUUAUGGAUUCAAUGAAUGCAUGUCUUAUGGAUUCAAGGAAUGCAUGUCUUAUGGAUUCAAUGAAUGCAUAUCUUAUGGAUUCAAGGAAUGCAUGUCUUGUGGAUUCAGUGAAUGCAUGUCUUAUGGAUUCAAUGAAUGUAGAUUGUACAGGUUUUGAACAAGGAUUUUGUGGUUCCACCGAAAACGGGUCAUUUAGGAAUCUUGAAGAGUUAAUGGAUCCAUGCUUUUUGUGAUUUAUGCUUUUCAUUUCGAUGGAUUUAGAUUCCACAGAUGUGUUUCUUUGGGCUUUGUAAAUUUUUUAAAUGUAAAUGGAUUUCAUAGGUGGGUCAAAUAUUAUAUUUGACACCUUGUGCCUAUUCUUGGGUGAUAAUGCAAUAGUAAUAUUCUCCCACAGGGUAUUUAUUUUAAGCCAUUGGAACUUCCUCUAUGAAUAAUCUUGGCCAGUUGAUCUAUAAACCUGUUAACUCGAGUGACUAGAAUAUUUUCCUAGUUUUGAAAUCUAGGAAUUUGUAUAUAUGAGGAUUUAAACUGUAUCAAAUGUACAAAAAUGUAAAUUAAUAUAAAGGGAAGCACACACACACAUA